GAGAUGAAGGACUCAGGCAGCGUGGUCCUGACAGCCUACCAUCCCCACAGCCAGGCCAGGAUCCCGGGCAUGGAUCAGAGCUUUGUGCAGGACAUCCCCCCCAGCCAUUCGCCCACCAGCAGGAAAAGGAUAAAAGGUUUAAGUUCUGACAUAAACAGGAAAACACACUAAGAGGAUUUAUCCUGAAGGCAUCUACUCUUUAAAUAGUGAUGGAGCAGUGUCAGUUCAUUUCCCACAAGGGCCAGAAGCUCCACCGCUCUUUGUUCCCUCAGCCCUUGUAUGACUAGAGGCAGAAUAUCCUAUCACAGGCUGUCAGAUAGCUCCCAGAAUAUGCAACUUGGUAAUCAUAGGCUGAGGAGGGACUAACUGCCACUAAGAGCAUGAAGAAGUUGGGUUUCAGAAGGACUCUGCUCUUUAAAGGAUAACACCCAGGCUUUAUCCUGAUCUGAGAAAGUCUUUCUCUCGUUGUCGAAGAAUUAACAGGAUGCUUUCCAAUGAGUCAGCACCUCCUCCUGCAUUCAGUCGCUCCAACUCACAGGCCUCCAUGGACAGCACCUCCAUGGAGGACUUCUGGUGCGAAGUUGAGAGCAUCAAGGAGAGCAGUGAAGAUGGAUCUGACGAAGCAACACUCUUGGAGUUCAAACCUGCUGAUGAAGGGGAGUUGGAGGCAGAAUGGCUGCAAGAUGUAGGUUUAUCUACAUUGAUCUCGGGAGCUGAAGAGGAAGAUGGCCAGGCCCUGCUGUCCACUCUGACCCGAACUCAAGCUGCUGCCGUACAGAAGAGGUACAACACCUACACUCAGACCCUGAGGAAGAAGAAUAAGCACACAGUCCGGGAUGUGCGAGAUAUCUUUGGCACCAGUGACUCCUCUCCCACAUUUGAGACAGUUCCAGUGUCACCAGUUCCUUCUAAUGGUAUCCAGCUUCCUGGGCAGAAGCCAGUUUGGAAAUCAGUUAGCUCUAAUAGCUGUCUAGACUGUGGACUAGAUAAAGGCAGCCCAUCCGUAACAGAGGAGCUCUCCUAUGAGGUUUCUUUCUCAGAAUCCAUUACAGUUCUUCCAAAAACCCAAGAAUGGCCAAAAAACCAGAGGUUCAAAAAGGAAGACUCUGCUUUGCCUAAAUUCAUUGUACGGAAAAGCCGGUUUGGACUGACAGAAGUUGGAGACCUCUCUCCUGAAGACAUGAAGAAGAUCCGCUAUCUCUCCCUGAUUGAGCUAACUGCUUUCUACGAUGCGCUGGGUGUGGAGCUGAAGAGGAACCGUGCAGAGAGGGUGCGGGGACGAGAAAAUGGCCUGUUUGGAGUCCCUCUCACUGUACUGCUGGAGAAUGAUCAAAAGAAGGUUCCUGGAAUAAAAGUUCCCCUCAUCUUCCAAAAAUUGCUGCUCAAGCUUGAGGAAACAGGUUUAGAAACUGAAGGAAUUCUACGCGUUCCUGGAUCUGCCUCCAGAGUCAAGAAUCUCCAUCAAGAACUUGAGGCAAAAUUUUAUGAAGACACUUUUGACUGGGACCAAGUACGAAAUAAUGAUGCAGCAGGACUGCUGAAAAUGUUUAUAAGAGAACUCCCAAGCCCACUUUUCACAGUAGAAUAUCUGCCUGCUUUCAUCACACUAGUCGAAAAAAUCUCCAAGAUCAAGUUACAGCUACAAGCUUUGCAUCUGUUGAUCAUGCUGCUUCCUGAGGCCAAUAGAGACACAGCCAAGGCCUUUCUUCAGUUCCUGAAGAAGGUGGUUGCUAAUGAAGGAAAAAAUAAAAUGAAUUUGUGGAACGUUUCUAUGAUUGUUGCACCAAACCUCUUCAUCUACAAAGGGAAACGGGCAAACCAACAAGAAAUGCAAGCAGCUGCCACUACAGCACAUGUUGUGCGGCUUUUAAUUCGGUACCAGGACAUCCUGUGGACAGUCCCAUCCUUCUUGAUUUCCCAAGUGAGAAAAAUGAAUGAAGCAGCAAUGAACAACAGCAAAAGGCAGCUGAUGUUUGACAAAGGAGUAAGAAAACUUCUGAGGAGAAAAACCAUGGAACGGGAGAGACCUGAAAGACCAGAGGGAGCUGUCACUUUUCCCCCAUACCUGCAGUCUGACAUACCUGAGGGGGUGAUAAGAGUUUAUGCUCCACUGCAUUCAAAAGUCUCUAUGGCAAUUCAACUCAACAGCCAAACAAAAGCCAAAGACAUCCUGGCUCGAUUCCACUGUGAAAACAGCCACGGAUCAUCACAGAACAUGAGAGGCCAGAUCCAAAGUUUACAUGAAAUUGGAGGAAAUAUAGGUCAACACUGUUUGGAUCCAGACGCACACAUGUUAGAUGUUUACCGUGCAAACCCUCAGGCAGAAUGGGUGAUAAAACCAAAAGCAAGCUGAAGCACAAGCCUGUGGUGUACUGGACAAAAGCCAAAUGGGCAAGAGUGAUGCCUGUCAUUUUAAGAAGCUCUUGCCAGAGACAAAACAAAAUGGUAGCUACAGAACAUCAUUCCUUCCUACCGUACUGUCCAACUGAUGGUCACCAUUUUUGGUAUGAGCAAUAUCACUCCAACUUCUGGGCCAUCAGAAAAUGUCAUAUCAGUUACACUUUCAUACAGAUUACAUUUGUGCCAGUUAGCCCAGGAAUUAAGGAGGACAGACCAAGGUACGGUGCACAGAAAACAACCGGAGUUGUUUGUUUCCUGACCUGAUGUUAGAACUUGAAUUUUGUGAGAAUCCAGUAGCAUCCAAGGGUGUAUGAAACACUACAGACCACAGUGUAACACAGAAGUGUCACUGAGAUGUUGAAGAGAAGAAGGUAUCUGUCAAGCAUUGAAGAGAGGCACUCGACCUGCAGCAGUGCCAAGACAUGGCUGUGUGACAAAAUCAAACCUUUCUACUGGAAGUAAACCUGUACAGUCUGCAUUAUUGCAAUAUUUGUCUCUCAGUCAGUCCUCAUGAAUACCUGACGCUGGGGGAGGAGGGAAGCAGGAGGAAGAAGUACUGCAUAAACAGCUAUACAGCUCCAUGUAUGUUCACCAU